CGCACACUUUAGGAGCGGCGCUUUGGCGUGACCACGUGACGUGCGGAACCCGGAAGCAGUGGGUCUGUCAGUGUGAGUCUGCGCUGCUGAAGGAGCCGAACUAAAGUGAAGAUGGCAGGUCUGCCUCGCAGGAUCAUAAAGGAAACUCAGCGCUUGUUGGCAGAGCCGGUUCCAGGCAUUAAAGCUCUUCCUGAUGAGAGCAACGCGCGUUACUUUCACGUGGUGAUCGCCGGACCUCAGGACUCUCCGUUUGAGGGAGGAACCUUUAAGCUUGAACUCUUUUUACCAGAGGAAUACCCCAUGGCAGCUCCGAAAGUCCGCUUCAUGACCAAAAUCUAUCACCCCAAUGUAGACAAACUGGGAAGAAUAUGCCUUGACAUUUUAAAAGACAAAUGGUCACCUGCUCUUCAGAUCCGCACAGUCCUCCUGUCGAUUCAGGCGUUACUAAGCGCGCCCAACCCCGACGACCCUCUAGCGAACGACGUGGCCGAGCAGUGGAAGGCCAACGAAGCUAUCGCCAUCGAGACAGCCAAGUCCUGGACCAGGCUUUACGCUGGAAACAAAAAUGAAGUGUAGACGAUCUGGAGACGGAAGUGGAAGUGUGAACGCAACUCCUCAUGUUCGGCCAAGACCUCCUACUCCAUUUGCAUCAAGGACUCUGGUCUUAAUGAUAACUAUACAUCUAUAUUAUUCUAUAAACAUACAUAUAUGUAAGUGAACAGAUCUGCUGACAGUUGAUUUAAUCGCACACACACACACAAACACACGCGCGCAAUCCAAUAGUCCUCUGUGUCUGCCUUCACUCCGGUCACGCGCACGGGCUGAGGUUUUUACUCUCUCGACUUCAUUUGCCCGCCGACAGUCGCUUCAAACAGGAAACGCGCUCCACUUCGGGUUUUGGUGCGCGCGGUGUCUGUUUGGGUCACAAGGGGGCGGUGUAGUCCAAGAAAAGACGCACUAGAAAACGCUCGAACUUUUAUCUUUCUUUUUAACGCCGUUCUCUGUCGUUUCUUUGUCGAUAAAAAUGCUUCUGUCUCGCCGCUACCUGCUGCUUUUUAAAAAAAAUAGGCGUCACCCCGGCGGAGCGGAGCGGAGCAGAGCAGAACCCGGCGGCUCCGAACUCCGUGGCGUAGAAGGGCGGAGAAUAGACUGGACCUUUCUUUUAGUUUUAGCGAUUAUGUUUUUACGACCUGUCUUACCUGUGUGACAAACUGUUGCUCAUACUAACGAUGCCUUGUUCUCACCGUUCACCUCUGCUUCUGCUGCUUCUGGUGCAUUUCUUUGUCCUCACGGUCGCUUCUCGGAGCUGUCAGCACGACGGGGGGGUUGUGAAGGGUCGGGUUCCAGGAUCUUAACACGAGUCCAAUGGCCUAAAAAAGCCUGUAUUUUAUUCACUGUUUAUAAACUCAUUAUUUCUCUGAAUCUUGGGGUGGGGGGAAAUUGAAUUAUUUUCCUGUUUUCUGAAUGCUAUGAAUGGUCCACUUGCAUCUGUUUAUGUUCUGUAAAUAAAAUCUGUUGAUUGAUA